AUGAAGUCCGCGCAUUCGACCCCCACAGCUCUCGUCAUUAUCGAUGUCCAGCAGGCUUUCAAACAUCCAACAUACUGGGGUGCGCAUCGUAGCAACCCUUCAUUCGAAAACAACAUUGCAGCGCUCCUCAGCGCCGCGCGGGCCCAUAACGAGGCUCAGGCCAAAAGCAACAAGCCUCAGCCCGUCUUGAUCGUUCACAUCCACCAUCAUUCCACCAGUUCAGGUUCAGCCCUGCACCCGUCGGCGAAGGUUCCGGGGACUGACAUACUCGCCAUUGAACCAAUGGAAUACGUCAGUCCGCUUUCCUCAGAGCCGGUGCUGGUGAAAAAUGUGAACUCCGGCUUCAUUGGAACCGACCUGGAGGCUCGUCUGCGUGCUUUUGGCGCCGGCCAGCUCAUUGUGACUGGUUUGACAACAGACCACUGCGUCAACACUACUGUCCGCAUGGCAGCCAAUCUGCAGGUGCUGGGCGAUCAGGGUGGUCCAGAUGGAACCGGAGAGGGGGUUCAUGGGAUCAUCGUGGCCGGCGAUGCUACGGCUACACACCCAAGAGCUAGCUUCGAUGCGGAGACGGUGCAUGCUGUUACGCUUGCCAGUCUGGACGGGGAAUUCGCGCAAGUGAGGAAUACGAAAGAGGUGAUCGCGUCUGUUUUUGGCUCACAGUAG